AUGGAUAAGAAUAGUUCAACAAUUGAGUUGAAGACGAUUGAAAAUCAAUUUGAAAUUGAAGUCAAAGAUGAUAUUAACAAUGAACAGUCAACUGAUUUAUUAAUAGAACCAAUUGUUACAGUACAUAGCGAUAAACCUCCUGAGUUAUCUCACACUAUAGUAACGCGUUUAUUAGGGAUACUUUAUUCAUUAUUAGCAACAUUUAUUGUUACAGUUUCAUUAUUUAUAACAAAAGAAAUUAAAAUAGAUGCAUCUGAUGCAUUAAUUCCCUGUUAUCUAUUGCAUAGCAUCAUCUUGAUUAUCUAUAUGAAAUUUAUAAAACAUCAUUCAUUAUAUAAACAGGCAAAUCAAAAAGAAAUAUUAAUUUUAUGCAUCCAUGCUUUUUGCUAUUCAACUGGUGCGUUUACUUUUUUACUUGCUUUUCGUUAUUUAAUAUUGCCAGAUUUAACAACAAUACGUUUUACACAAAUUAUUUGGACAGCAAUUAUGACUUCAAUUAUCUAUCGUGAAAAACCAUCUAUAUCAAUGAUAAUAUCAAUUUUAUUAACAACUAUUGGUGUAAUAUUUGUUGCUCAACCAAGUUUCUUAUUUAGUAAAACAUCAAAUAUAAAUAAAAAUAAUACAUCAAAUGAUUAUUAUCAACAUUUAAUAGGUGUAUGUAUUGCAUUCUAUGCUGCAAUCGUAUUAUCUAUAAUGGUAGUAUCAAAUAAAUAUUUAUUUUCGAAAUAUAAAACAAAACAAAGCUUAAUAAUAUUUCAUUUUGCAUUUCUAACAUUACUUAUGUUAGUUGCUAAUGUCUUUUAUAAGUAUAAUUUUUUUAUUGAUACAAUACAAACAUUUAAAAAUGACUUUUUCAAUUGGAGAUAUUUAGUUGCUUCAUUCAUUUGUUUAUCACAUAUGCUUGCAUUAAUAUUAGUACAAAAAGCGAUUAAACGUGAACAUCCAUCCAUAUUCACAAUAACUCAAUCCUGUGGUAUUUUAUUCUCUAUACUAUUACAAAAUAUUUUUUCAUCAGUAAAAUCAAACUUAUUAUCAAUAUUUGGAUCAAUUCUUGUAUUAACAAGUAUAUUAAUAAUAACUGGAUUUAAAUUUUUUAAUGAGAAAAAAGACAAAAAAAAUUCUGUACAACCUUGUUCUAUGAAAUAA